GGGGUCUGGGCCGCUUCUCCCAGUGCCCGUACUGGUGUGACUGGUGGAUUUAACCCCUUCUCUCCCCCCCCAGACAUCCGCCUGCGGGUACGGGCCGAGUUCUGCGAGCACGAGGCCGUGCUGCGGCGCAGCGUGGUGUCCAGCCGCCCCCGGGGGCCCCCCCGCCAGUUGGACGUUUUCGGCCAGGCCAGCGGCGUCCUCAAAUCCCGGGAUUUGGGCUCAAUCCUCUGCGACAUCAAAUUUUCGGAACUUUCGUACCUGGAGGCGUUUUGGGGGGAUUAUCUGAGCGGGGCCCUGGGGGCGGCCCUGGAGGGGGUGUUCCUCACCGAGGGGCUGCGAAGGGCCGUGGGGAGGGAGCGGCUCCGCCUCCUCGUUAGCGUCGACCAGGAUGAUUACGAGGAGGGGAGGAGGGUGCUGCUGGGG